AUGCCUUCAGCUCCUAGGGCUCUAGUUAGGGGCCUCAAUACUGGCCUCCCAGGUGAAAGAAGGUGGAUUAUCCACCCGAACCCGUCACUCCACCUAUUUGAACCCUUCGAAACCAAUAGGCCCGUAUUGGAAGUCCUAGAGAGGAACACUAGCUAUCGUGCGAAUGCGUUAAAGAAACGAUCGAGAGAGGACCUCAAGAAAGACUUGAGGAAGCGACUUCUAGAAUACGUGCCCACGAUCAACGUGGAGCUCGCUUUUCUGAGAAUCGUCGAGACAGACAAUCGUCCUCGGGCGAUCUUCAACAUGAGAGACCACUUCGCCGCUGUUGAUUACGCUGUCCAGAUGACAGCCAUGAUGGAGAACUCCGACGUGCCUCGCAUCGUGAUGUUUACAGAUGGCUCGUCAAAGGAUGGCUUUGGCGGAUUCGCCUUCACUUUCAAGCGAAAGUAUGGGUCGAAUGACAAGUGGGUUAAUGCAGUCUAUGGAGUCAAGGGAACAUGCGACAGCGAAGUUAUGGAGGUCUUCGGACUCCAUAGAGCAUUGAUGACCUCAGCGGCCAUACUAUACCUGCAGGGCCGCUUCCAUGGCAGCGGGAAGAAAAGUUUCCUCCACCUCUCCGAAUCAUUCGCCGAGCAAGCACUAGAUCCCUUGGAGGAGCUUCUGCGACUGAAUUGCAAGGUGGAGAUCAACUGGGUACCCUCGCACGUAGGUGUUGAGGGCAACACUCGCGCAGACUACCUAGCUGCGUUUGGAUCAGCCUAUGCCCAUAAGAACCUGGAAUCAGAAGACCUCCCAUCGGGAGUUAGACUUGGAAUUUUUCCAUACCCCGACGUCACAACCACUAGUGGUUCAAAGUUUAUUCACCCCUCUCACAUCUCUUACCCCUUAAUUGACAGUAUCCAUUGGCGCAGGGAGGAAGUGCAGGAUCGUCUGAAGCAGGAACUGAAUGACAAGCUGAAACGUUCUAAAUAUCAUGCCUUUGCAGAUGUUCGCAUGUAUAUUUCCGAGAAGAUGAAAAGAACGCAGGCUAACCCGAAGAAAGCUAAGCAAAGGACUUUCAACUAUCACGCCGACUGGAAAUGGAACUUCAAGGUGAUUUGA